AAACGACAAUGAUGCUAUGGUGCAUACGUGCGUAAAUGCACGUACGCUUUUUCCUUUGUUAUUGGGUGUGUUUAGAUGCGUUGAACUAAAAAAUUCUCAAUAAAACUUUGAAUUCGUCAUAUUUUAUGAGACAUUAACCCAAAUUAUGGGUGAAUUGUCGAAUGUUCAUUGAAAUGAAGAAUAAACUCUGGUGAAAACAAGCGAAAAUUACUUUGUCUUGUAUCAAUGUUAUCAGACGUAGCAUCGUCACGUAUGGUUUACGUUUGUAGUAGUGCCGUUAUGAGGUCGAUUCAAAAUGAAAACAAACGAAGAUUUGCUGUUGUACACAUCGCACGUAGACCAAUCUUUCCAAACAGAGGCUAAUUUUGUCGUGAUAUUCAAUUGAACUGUUCAUUGUGAUUUCAAACGCAUUUUUGUGAUGAAAAUUGUCCGGAACUGUUGAAAACGACUCGAAAUAUCUGGUGAAAAAUUAAAUAUUUAGUGAAAAAUCGAAAGAAUGGUUUUUUUAAUCUAAUAUAAUUUGAUUUUAAGUGGGGCAUUCCAUUUUGUUGAUUCGACGUUUAUACGCCGAAAACUGUUGAAAAAUCUAAUUGUGUUUGUGCUAAAACUGUGUCAACGAACGGAAAAAAUAAACAAAUUAGUACAAAAUGUGUUUACUACGCUUAAAAAAUAUACCAACUAAAUUGAUAUCACAACGACUAUGUGCACCAAAUAAACAGUCAGGUUCUCAAUUGAGAUUAAUCGUUACGACAACAAAUGGUGGAAUUGUCGAGAAAAAUAACGGAACCAAUACUAAGAAACUCGCCCAUGAAUAUGAGCCAAUUUUUCAACAGAAUAAUGGAAAUCCGUUCCAUUUACCGCCACCAUCGUUUUCAUCAUCGUCACAAAAUCAAUCCGUUUGGAUAGCUGCUCUUGCAUUUAUUCUUGGCAUGAACCUCGGUGGUGCAUAUAUUUAUUACAAUUCGAAAAUUAAGAAAAACUUCAUAUCGUUCGAUGAUACAGAUAAAUCAUUUCGAUCGAAAAAACUAAAAGUGCCAUUAACAUCAUCCGAAAUUCCUAAAAGUGUUCCAUAUCUAAUUAUCGGCGGUGGCACUGCCAGUUUUUCCGCAUUCCGUGCAAUUCGAUUACGCAAUCCAAAAGCCAAGAUUUUGGUAUUGUCCAAGGAGCUCGACACUCCAUACAUGCGGCCACCGCUGUCUAAAGAGCUAUGGAUGGAUCGUGAAACUCAUAGCGUCAAACAAAGUGAUGGUGAAAAAUUGACAUUCAAGCAAUGGAAUGGGCUUGACCGUGAUCUUCACUAUGAACCGAGCGACUUUUAUAUCCAUCCAUCGAAAUUGGACGAAUCCAAUGGUGGUGUUGCAAUUGUACAAGGAUACACGGUGAAGAAAGUAGAUGUGGAAAAUCGAACGGCCAUUUUAAUCGAUGGAACCGAAAUCAAGUAUGGCGAAUGCUUGAUUGCAACUGGAUCAUCACCAAGAAACCUACCCGUAUUCGAAAAUGCAUCAUCUGAGAUCAAGCAGCGCAUUUCGCUUUUCAAAACCAUUGAAGAUUACAGCAAUUUGAAGAAAUAUGUUGAUCAAUCGAAAUCAGUAGCAAUUAUUGGCGGUGGAUUUUUGGGCAGUGAGUUGGCCUGCGGUCUGGCAAAAUAUGGCGAUGACAAAAAACUGCAAGUUCAUCAGGUAUUCCUCGAGAAUGGAAAUAUGGGCAAGAUUCUGCCGGAACCACUUAGCAAUUGGACAACAGAUCGUGUUCGUGAGCUAGGUGUCAAUGUGAUCCCAAACACAGAGGUUGAGUCGGUGGAUAUGGUCAACGAUCGAGUUAAACUCACACUACAAAAUGGGCAAUCGCUGCUUUGUGAUCAUGUUGUUGUCGCUGUUGGCUCGCAGCCAAAUGUUAGCCUAGCAGAAGAAUCUGGUUUGGAAAUUGAUCCAAAUUACGGUGGCAUGGUUGUGAAUGCUGAACUGGCCGCACGAAAUCAUUUGUAUGUGGCUGGUGAUGCAGCGUGUUUCUACGAUCCAAUACUGGGCCGCCGACGAGUUGAACAUCACGAUCAUGCAGUUGUAAGUGGUCGAUUGGCUGGAGAGAAUAUGCUUGGAAUGAGCAAACAAUAUACACACCAAAGCAUGUUCUGGUCGGAUUUGGGUCCAAAAGUGGCUUAUGAAGGUAUUGGCAUUAUCGAUUCAAAGUUGCCCACAGUCAGUGUUUUCGUCCAAAACCAAACAUCGGACUCGAAUUCAACAUCUAGCGUCUUACCAUCCGUUCAUGCAGCUGAUGAGUUGAACGAUGGAAAAGACGAUUACUCGAAAGGGGUCGUGUUUUAUAUGCAAGAUGAAAAGGUUGUCGGAAUUGUGCUAUGGAAUGUCUUUAACCGCAUAAACACAGCGCGAGCAGUUCUUAGCGAAGACAUAAAAUGUGAUGAUUUGAAUGAAGUAGCCAAACUAUUCGGCAUCCAAUGAUUGACAGACAGGCAGAUAUUUCGAGAUAUUUAAUCGAUUUUAACACAUUUUUAACGACUUCAUUUACUGAUGUAAGCGUAAUCACGUGCUUCAGGUACACAAUAAGGGAAACAGAUAUCGAACGUAUAAAUAUUUGAGCAUAAAGAGUUAUCAUGUACUCUUGCUUUGGGAACAUGCUUUUUACGCUGUUCGAUAAUGACAAAUAAAAAGAUAAUUUUUCGAAGUUCUGGAUAAUGUCACCGUUCACCGAGCCCAUACGAUUAGGAUCUCUACAAUUAGAAUGACGCAUAUAUGGCAUUCACUAAGCUGAUAAUAGAAUUGUAAAUGUUCAAUAGACUUUUAUGUUAAAUAAAUUAUUGUUAAGCCAUUCUUGUCAAAAUCAAACGAUUCAAGUUAUUCUAUAAUCAGAACAAUUGGAAUAAGCCUCAUUUUCAUACAUCAAAUCAUAUUCAUUUUGUUAAAAAUUGAUACGUAUUGUAAUAAUCUAAGGAAAAUUCUCACAAAUAAAUGCAUACACCAAUAAAA